GUCUUGUCGGUCAGUCAGAAGCUACUGAGGAGCUAGCAGAGCUAGCAUGGUCACAUUGGUUCAGGGGGAAGGUCGAUGGUAGGACAGCAGCAUCCUCACAGAUUGUUUAACGUCCCUGUCAUUUAUUUAUCUAUUUAAUUAUUUGACAACUUCGUGCAAAUACACGAAGGCGAUUUUGUUUUUAAAAAGCAAGCUUAGGUAUUUAGCUUGCUAACCAUCUAGCGAGCUAGCUCCAAGUUCCGCUCCGCGUCCUCCCUCACAUCGGAACAGCUAACGUUACAGCCAUGGCCGCGUUGAGAGCCUCCUAUCACAGGAUUCUGGACAAGAUCGAGCAUAUGCUGCCCGGCAAACUGAGACCUCUGUACAACCACCCGGCAGGUCCAAAGACUGUUUUCUUCUGGGCCCCGGUGUUCAAAUGGGGUCUGGUUGGAGCUGGUUUGGCUGAUAUGACUCGACCAGCUGACAAACUCAGUCUGUCCCAGUCCGCAGUGCUGACAGCCACAGGCCUGAUCUGGUCCAGAUACUCGUUAGUCAUAAUCCCAAAGAACUGGAACCUGUUUUGUGUCAACUUCUUUGUCGGCAGUGCAGGAGCCUCCCAGCUCUACAGGAUCUGGAGGUUCAACCAGGAUCAGAAGGCCGAAGCUAAAGAAGCUAAAGAAGCUAAAGAAGCUAAAGAGGCUAUAGAGGCUGCAGAGUCCUGAGUGCUUCUGUGUUUGCCAAACGCUCCACUUCCCUCAGUGGACUGAAAGGGAGACGUCACACUGGGCGCGAAGCUGCCCCUUCCCAUCAUCUCUGCAUCGUCUCAUAUUGUCUCCAUAACAACCAUGCCAUAACCAUUGUUCAACCACAUUAAGCCUGUUGUUGUGCACUUUUCCUUGAGUUUCAAAUUUCCUCAGGGUGUAAAAGAAACAGAACGACAGAAAGACAGAACCGUUUUUUAAAAUGUCUUCAACACACACUCACGAGUUAUCGUCAUCAACGCACAGUUAUUACUUGUUUAACAACUUUUAUGAUUGUAAGUUCUUUAAGGUCAUGCUUUACGUCUCGUCCACCAGUUGGGAGGUUUUUGCUUUUUUUCCAUCAGCAUAUUUCAGGUGUAGCAAACGGUACCUCAUGCACUAAUUUCCCAAAACAUGUAUGUCUUGGAUAUGUGUUGAACGUGGUUUAAAAGGAAUGUUUCCAAAUUAAAUUAAGUAAUUCCUCACAUUAAUCUUUUCAUUUACUUAUUUAUAAUUAGGUUUCAGUUGUGGCAUUUGUACCUCAUUAUUAAAUCAUUGAUUACCAUGUAAUGAUUACUUUCAUUUAAAUGGCUUUAAUCUGUGAGAGCAAAUCAUAAUUUAUUAAUCACUUGAUUAAAUCAUUCUUUGUUGUGGAAACUGUAGAAAAACGCUGUUAUUUUCUGAUUCCAUAUCAGGAAAGCUUACACCAAUGGCACAUGUUUAACGUGCAGCUUUUUAUUGAUUGUUACAGAGUCAGCAAAGCAAACACUGACAUGCUAACGGCUCUUUAUGAUCAAAAUCCUGUUUAAUGUGUCUUUGAUUCUAGAAAGGUGUUAUAUUUGUUUCUGUGUAAGAAGAGUACUUCCAUUGACACUUUCCCACAUAGUAACAUGUUAUUAUCCCACGAAUAUUUUAGCAAUAAUUGGUGUCUUCACUUUUAAAUAUUUCUUGAUCUGCUGACUGUUUGAACAAAUGGCACUUUGAUGGUCGGUCAUUAUGGCUCUGUGAUACUAAUAAAUCCUGUUCAACACC